UAAAACAAUUGGUGAAUUUUGGGAGAUCACAAGUCAAGUGAUCAAUUGAAAAAUCAGAACAUGUUAUCUUCUUCGCUCAAGAUCUGGAAAAACAAUAGAAAACUGAUCGGUUGGAACUCUCAGUUCAUUGAAGCUGAGGAAAAGAUUGCCAUUGUUUUUGAAGCAGAGAUCAUCGAUUGCUGCACCUAUUGGUCUGAACUCAGUUUUUGGAAUUGGAAGCCUGUAAAAAGAUUAUUAAUUGCCAUUGUUUGAAAGAGAAUUCAAUGUAAAAUGCACAAAGAUGCAUUAUUUUAGUCACAAUGUAUCACAAACAUCUAUCUCCAACAUUUAUCAGAACUUUUUCACACAUUGCUUUAUUGGGUGGUUCCAACUCUUCCAUCCAAGCAAAAAUCCCAAGCAUUAACACAACAACAACAAAACCAUUUGGGUUCUCCCCAAACACUGAGGACACUUUUGCAGCCAAACUGAAAUCUAUCGGGCUAGCUUGUCCAGACCACUCUGUGCUUAAACAUGGCCAACAAGUUCAUGCCCACAUCAUUGUCAAUGGACUUUGCAAUGUGGGUUUGGUUGGUACAAAAGUUUUGGGUGUCUAUAUUUUUUGUGAUCGCUUCAAAGACGCCAAUAACUUGUUUUAUCAGCUUGACUUGUCAUAUGCCUCGCCUUGGAAUUGGAUGAUUAGAGGGCUUACUAUGAUGGGUUGGUUUGAAUUUGCAUUGUUGUUUUUCUUUAAGAUGUUGAGUUUUGGAAGUUGUCCUGAUAAAUUCACUUUUCCUUGUUUACUCAAGGCUUGUGGUGGUUUGAAUGCUGUCCAUUUGACCAAAUCGAUUCAUAAAAUGAUUUGGUUGAUGGGUUUUGAGACAGAUGUGUUUGUGGGUAGUUCUUUGAUGAAAUUUUACUCUGAUAAUGGUUGUAUUGAUGAUGCUCGUUGCUUGUUUGAUAAAAUGCCUGAGAGAGAUAGUGUUUUGUGGAAUGUAAUGCUUAAUGGUUAUGUGAAAAAUGCCGACUCAGGUAAUGUUAUUGGGUUGUUUUUGGAAAUGAGAAACACUGAAAUUAGGCCUAAUUCAGUGACAUAUGCUUGUGUUCUGUCAGUCUGUGCCUCGGAAGGAAUUAUUAAAUUUGGUACUCAGCUUCAUGGGCUUGUUGUUAGAUGUGGCCUGGAGAUGGAUUCUCCGGUGGCCAACACGUUGCUUACCAUGUAUGCGAAAUGCCGUUGCUUAUCUGAUGCACGCAAUUUGUUUGAUGCUAUGCCACAACCUGAUAUGGUGACUUGGAAUGGGAUGAUUGGAGGGUAUGUGCAAAAUGGGUUUAUGUGUGAGGCUUCAGAUUUGUUUCGUGAAAUGAUAUCCUCUACUUUCAAACCGGACAAAAUCACUUUUGCAAGUUUUCUUCCAUCGAUUUCUGAAUCAGCAAAUUUAAACAUGGGUAAGGAAAUUCAUGGUUAUAUCGUAAGGCAUGGUGUGCCUUUGGAUGUGUUUUUGAAGAGUGCACUUAUUGAUAUAUACUUCAAGUGCAGGGAUGUGAAGAUGGCAUGCAAUGUUUUCAACCAUGGCACUGCAAUAGAUAUUGUAAUUUGCUCGGCGAUGAUUUCAGGGUAUGUGCUUAAUGGAAUGAAUAUGGAUGCUUUAAAAAUAUUCCGGUUGUUGCUUCAUGAGCAAAUGAGACCCAAUGCAGUUACUCUGGCAAGUGUUAUACCUGCUUGUUCUGGUUUGGCUGCUCUGAAGCUGGGUAAAGAGUUACAUUGUUACAUCCUCAAGAACAGCUUAGAGGCAAGGUGUUAUGUGAGAAGUGCUAUCACAGAUAUGUAUGCAAAAUGUGGAAGACUUGAUUUCGCUCACAAAAUUUUCACAAGAACAGAAGAAAAGGACGAUGUUUGUUGGAACUCAAUUAUCACGAGCUGUUCCCAGAAUGGCAAACCUGAAGAGGCCAUUGAUCUUUUCCGCCAAAUGGGUAUAGAAGGAGUUAAAUAUGACGCUGUCAGCAUAUCGGCUGCACUUUCUGCUUGUGCGAAUGUACCAGCACUCCGCUAUGGAAAAGAGAUUCAUGGUUUCAUGAUAAGAGGUGUGUUAACCUCUGAUCUUUUCGCUGAAAGUGCGCUAAUAGACAUGUAUGCUAAAUGUGGAAACUUGGACCUAGCACGCUGUGCUUUUGAGACGAUGAAAGGGAAGAAUGAAGUUUCGUGGAAUAGUAUCAUUGCUGCUUAUGGGAAUCAUGGUCACCUGAAGGAGUCUCUUGAUCUAUUCCAUGAAAUGAUGAAAGAAGGGUUUCAGCCCGACCAUGUCACUUUUCUAGCCAUAAUAUCUGCUUGUGGUCAUGCUGGCCAAGUCGAUGAAGGAAAAAGCUACUUCGAGUGCAUGACCGAGGAGUACGGAAUUGAAGCUCGGUUAGAGCACUAUGCAUGUAUGGUUGAUUUGUUUGGGCGAGCUGGUCGUUUAGACGAAGCAUUUAAGAUCAUAUCGAGCAUGCCCUUUGAUCCAGAUGCGGGUGUUUGGGGGACACUUCUUGGAGCGUGUCGGGUUCAUGGUAAUGUUGAGCUUGCUGAACUGGCUUCGAGACACCUUUUUGAAUUGGACCCACAAAAUUCAGGCUACUAUGUAUUGCUAUCAAAUCUACAAGCUAAUGCUGGAAAGUGGGAGAGUGUCCUCAAAACACGAAGCAUGAUGAAGGAUAGAGGUGUGCAGAAGGUACCUGGUUAUAGCUGGAUUGAGCUGAACAAUGCUACCCAUAUGUUUGUUGCCGAAGACAAAAGCCACCCUCGGUCUGCCAAUAUAUAUCUAUUGUUGAAGAAUCUUCUUCUAGAGAUGAGAAAAGAGGGAUAUGUUCCUCAACCUUACCUAAUGCACCCGACAACCAUUGGAGCAUCUGUCAAGAGUUGAUCGUCAAGGUAAGUGCGGCAAUAGCUUAAAGAAGAAUGCCACAGUGAAUAUAGAAUUCUCGUGAUCUAUGUAAAAUGUAAAAUUAGAGAAGUAGGAAAUUAUUUUUUGCAGUGUCCAUACUGAUUCUAUUGUUAUCUUUGGAUACAAACACAUGACGCUUUCCUGAUCUCUUUACUUUAGUAUAUCUCAGUUUUAACCUAACACAAUAGAAAUAAAAUUUUACAAA